AGGUCGUGCUAAUCUUCUCUGUAUCGUUCCCAUCCCUCCGUUUCGUCUCCUCCUCCUGGUCGUCCUCGUCAAAGAAGGUGGAAGCAGGAGGCAGCAUCGGCGAGCACGUCCUGGCGAGGGGGAUGGUGGCGGGAAGCGUACCGCGGAGGUAGACAUUGCGCCUGCUCCGAAACGGGGGAGAGAACGACCGAGCAACAAGGAGAAGUCAGAAAGAAAAGCAGCAGAGAAAGCUGCGAAGAAGGUGUCCGCAUCUGCAAAGAAAAAGAGUUCUGCUGCAAAGAAAAAAGCAGCAGCAGCGAAGAAAAAGAAGGGGAAAGUCAUUGACGAUGACAACACCCCUCCGUGUUCAGCUUCAUCGUCGUCAUCCUCUGAUGAUGAUGAUGGUGAUGAUGAUGCCGAUGGUGAUGAUGACCGUGAUGGUGAUGAUGAUCGUGAUGGUGAUGAUGAUGGUGAUGGUGAUGAUGGUGAUGAUGAUGGUGAUGGUGAUGACGGGGAACAGGAUGGAGGUUCUGAAUCUUCUGAUGAUGAGGACGAGGUAAUACCUCUCGGACCCCUCAGACCCCUCAGACCCCCCUUAAAAGUUGUGCAGGUAACACCUCUCGGACCCUCAGACCCCCCUUAAAAAAAAAA